AUGAAAGCUUCAGUGACUGAGGGACAGCACGGCGACGAUAGCUCGGAUUCAGACGCACGAGGAGCUCACGAAUUACGCCUAUGGCCACCGCCUCGACUGCAGGCGUACUGCCUCGACCACUUCCUUAUGGAAUGCGAGAUAUACCACGAGCAGGAGAAUGACAGAUACAAGAAGCUAGUAGCGCAUUCACGCGAGAGCUUCCUCAAGAAAAUAACAUCAUCAUCAUCAAAUCCACAACAACCUAUUAUUUCUGCCCCCACGCGCCGGCAGCCCUCGCGCCGAGCCAAGGAGAAGCACUCCGUAAUAGGAACGCCGUCAUCACUGAAUGGUCCACCACGGCCUCGGAAGCUAUCCAUCGCCCCCUUCAAGCCGGCGAAGCUAGAAAAGGCGUUCAAGGAAUCUCCACAGGGCACCAUGUUUCGGAUCCUCAAUGGGUUCUGGAAGAAACUCGAACUCCACAAGAGUUGGGCUGCAUACCGCUCGGUACUGGAGAGAAAGGUCCAAGAGCUCGUGAGACGAUUGGAAGCUGAAACGGGCGAGGGCAAACCCAUCCAUAAAGACUGCGUUUUCCGCGGCCCCUUAGGGGUAGAAUGUCGGUACUGUGGGUUCGUGGCGACAGUGCACGAGGACGCGGCAGUGACGCCGCGGAAACUCGCUCCGCCCGCCGCCAUGCGCGCAAUACGGCGCCUCUCCGAAGGCAGCGACGACACAGCAGGGUCGCCAAGACUCGAGUUGCGCGGAACGGACAUGAUCGUCGACAUCUGUAGCGGGAAGGCGAUGAUCGUGCUCGUGAAUCUCAAGGGAGUCCUGGAUUUAUGCGCUGAGGCCCUUGGGGACGAAGAGGUUGUGCUGGCGAGUCCGACUAGCUUAUCGGCGCGUUUGAGCACGAUUCAAACCCCGAGUUCUACAGUUACACGCGCUAAGAGAUGGAAAGAAACCGAGCGAGAGACGCCCAGAAGAAAUAAGAGGAGAAAAUCAGAGGUACUACCUGACUAA